UGAUAGUCUGCAACUGCGAGGAAGAAGAGAAGAGGGAGAGACUGUCCUUUUAAGCUUGUCGAAGAAGUCGAACCCUCUCUCAGUCUCUCUCGUUUUUCCCCACACUGAUUUCGUUCCGCCGCCCGAUCGCCUGCCCUAGAAAUGAGCUCGAGGAGAGGGGUUGGGUAUCCUUCUGGCGUAGAUCCAUCAGUCAAGGGUAAAAGCACAGCUCAUGCUAACUCUAGCAUUGAUCAGUUAUCCCGUGGUGUUUCGGAUUUGAAUGUAAAUCCUACAGAAGACGAUGGAUGGGUAGAAUGUGGAAAAAAAUCAAAGAACAAAAACAAGAACACUGCUUCUAAACAGUGGGCUCCCCAGCAUUCCACCCCAAAGGCAUGGGGUCAAGCUGAUACCUUGCAAAAACUUGGUCUGCGAACUGGUGGAGGGAUUGGACAGGGCUCCGGUCAACAACAAUAUGGUGGCAGAGGGCAUACUAAGCAACCUAACCACAACCAUAAUGACUAUGUUGCAGCUCCUCCAGUAAUCCCCCCUCCUCUAAAAAAUGGAUGGGGAAGGAACGCUGGUGCGGCUCACAAUCAAAAUGUGCAAGCAGCUAAUAAUCAGGUCUUUCAGAGUAAUGAAGUUGUUGACGAUGAUGAUGAUGAUGAUGAUGAGUCAGAUGGCAUGGAUGACUCAGAUGAGGAGCUUAUGAGUGAUGACUUUGAUUCGGAUGAAAGCCAGAAAAGCCAUGAGACUAGAAAGAAGAAUAAGUGGUUUAAGGAUCUUUUUCACUCUCUGGAUAAUUUAACUGCAGAGCAGAUUAAUGAGCCUGAAAGACAGUGGCAUUGCCCAGCAUGCCAAGGAGGUCCCGGAGCUAUAGACUGGUAUCGUGGCUUGCAACCCCUGAUUACACACGCUAAAACUAAAAGAUCCAAAAGGGUGAAGCUCCACAGAGAGCUUGCUGAAAUCCUAGAUGAGGAACUUAAAAGAAGGGGAACAUCAGCAGUGCCAGCUGGUGAGGUAUUUGGCAAAUGGAAAGGUCUGGAGGAAAGAGCUGAUAAAGAAAUAGUCUGGCCUCCCAUGGUGGUAAUUUUGAAUACCAAGCAUGACAAAGAUGACAAUGACAAAUGGAUUGGCAUGGGUAAUCAAGAAUUGCUUGAUUAUUUCAGUGACUAUUUUGCAGUAAAGGCACGUCAUUCUUAUGGACCACAUGGGCAUCGUGGCAUCAGUAUAUUGAUUUUUGAGGCCUCUGCAGUGGGAUAUGCAGAGGCUGAACGCUUGAGCAAGCAUUUCGAAGCCAAUUCCCGAGAUAGGGAUGCAUGGCAUAGAAAUAAGGUUCCGUUCUACCCUGGUGGCCAGCGUCAACUUUAUGGAUACAUGGCAGAAAAACCCGACAUGGAGAGCUUUAAUCAACAUUCUCAAGGUAAAUCCAAACUGAAGUAUGAGUUACGAUCUUAUCAAGAGAUGGUCGUGAAACAGAUGAAGCAGAUGAGUGAUGACAAUCAGCAGCUCAUGUGGUUUAAGAACAAAGUGGCCAACGAACAGAGGAGCAAGAAAGCCCUUGAGGAAUCUUUUGGAGUACUGAGUGAAAAGUUGCGAAAGACUAUGGUAGAGAAUCAAGUAGUGAAGCUGAGGACCCAGAAGCAUCAUGAACAAAACAGAGAAGAGAUGGACAGUCAGGAGCAAUUUUACAAGGAACAGAUCCAGCAGCUGUAUGAUGCUCGAAAUGAGAAGGAGGAAAAUUUUGAGAAAAUACAGCAACACGAACGUGAAAAAGUAACUCAGUCUGAGGCUGAUGUUGCUUCUGCUGAAGAAAGGGCACGCAAGCGUGAGGAGAAUUCCAGAUUGCUUCAGCUGCAGGACAAAGGGUUAGAUGAGUACAUCAGCAAGAGGGACAAGCUGGUGAAAGCCCAUGAAGAGCGACUAUUGGAACUGAAGCACAAGCUCUGGGCUGAAGAGAUGGCGCUGGAGAAGAAGUUUGAUGAGGAGUUCAAUAAGCUCAUCGCAGAAUACUCCCCAGCUGAAUCCAAGUAGAAUGAUUGAGAGAUGUGUGGGACGGCACUGAAGAAGUUGUCUUGCCUGUGCAUUGAACACAUAAUUUCAAUUUCAAUUUCAAUUUCUUGUGUGUUUGCUUACUUUGGCCUGAACUAUUUUGGUGAACCGUUCCUUGCCUCGUAUGAUUUGCAGGUUAUUAGAGAUAGGCUGCUAAAUUGUAGCAGUCGUCUUUCUUUGCUUGAUGUCAUAACCGAUGCGUAAAAACUUUAGGAUCAUCUUUCACUAAACCUCUCUUAAGUUUCUCGUCCAAUUAUGCUUAUUCAGAUCA